AUGCCCUUACCCCCGGGCUACUGGGGGCGGCAGGCACAGAGACCUGGGAUGUCGCGUGCAGCCCAGGACCCCGUCGGUCGUGGCGAUGGCGACCGGGUGGAGCUUUCCGAGGACGACGAUCUUUCGGACGCAGAGACGAUUUACGAGGAUGACGGGGAGGAAUAUGCGGUGGACGGUGGCGACGAAUGCGACGGUGACGGCGAAUGCGACGGUGACGACGAAUGCGAAGACGGCGAGGGCGGCGAGGGCGGUGAGGGCGGCGAGGGCGGCGAGGGCGGCGAGGGCGGCGAGGGCGGCGAGGAUAAUGGCAGAGACGGAGAAGUGGAAGCGGAAGCAGCUAGGACGCCAACCGGAUAUGGGCUUGGGGUCGGAACUCAGGCAGCCGAGGUGCUCGAGUUGCUUUUCGGACUCCUCUUGGAAUUCUGCAAGGAGGAGGUCACCGACGGCCGGCCAGCGUCGACCCUGCUCGUUUACUUCAGCGGGAUCCUCGGGUUCUCGCCGGACUGCAACAGCUUCCUACUGGCAAAGUCGUAUACGUCACACCUUGCCGGGUUGAUUUACGUUCAACGCCUGCUAUUCCUCGAGUAUGCCCUGCCCGCCAGGGAGUAUCCCCUUCUCGCCAUACCCCAGCGCCCACGCAGGGAUCAGGUCGCCAAGCUCCAGGCCGUCAGGCAGAGAUAUGCCGUGCUGGGCGCGCAGUCUCCCUUCGAAGAGCUCGUCUCUCUCAUGGCCUACGGAAGGGCGACGGCGGCCUCGGAUCCGCCUUCGUUCCUUCUCCGGUGGAGCGACGACGGCCAGUCCGUCGCAUACAAUGAUCGCCUGACCAUUACAAUGGCCCAGUUCCGAGCCUUUGUGGACGUGGUCCUCGACGAGGCUGAGAGGCUGUGCGAUGAGCUCAUGUACCGGUGGAAGCCCGACGUGGAUCUGGGGCUGAUCAAGGAUAGCCUGACGAACAGGCAGCACGGCUAUUCCUUCGUGGCGCAUCCAGAGAACGGCCUCGGGGAGGCCUACCUGCGGUUGUCAUUCAAGGCCUGUACGAGCCAGUUGAACAGCCUCUCGAAGAAUGGCAGAUGGAACUGGCGCGAAGUGCAGACCUACGUGCGGAAGGAAACGGCGUUCCGCGAGGCAAUCGCACUGCUGAUGUUGGUGACGGGCGGCGGCCAGCCGCGAGCACCUGACCUCCUCCAUUUACGGUGCGAGAACGCCAUGUCAGCCGAACGCGGCAUCUUCGUCUACGGCGGAAGCGUGAUGUACCUGACGCGGAGCCACAAGGCCAAGCGGUCAACAAACAGGGAGCUCUAUGUCGCUCGGUUCCUUCCUGCUCAGCCAGGCCACCUCCUCUUCAAAUACCUGGUCUACAUCCGACCUGUCGUCGACAUGCUGAUGCGGGAACAGACGCCCGGCUUGCGGGGGUGCUCGACGUAUCUUUUCCGCGCGCAGGCGUCUGACGACAGCGAAGCAUGGACGACGGGGCAUCUCACCAACGUCAUCAAACGAUUCUCCGCACAGGCCUGGGGGCAAGGCGUCACGCUACAGAUGCUCCGACAACUGUCCGUCGGCAUCUCGGAAAAGCAUGUCCGCGAGGUCUUCAAGCCGUUCAACCGGUUCGAUGACCGGACGGAUGCGGCGGAUCGCAAUGUCGCUUUCGCUUGGCAGACCGGCCAUCGCCCGUUGCAGAGGGCAAGGACAUACGGGCUCGACGGAGCCUUCCCAGCGCAGCUACAACCCCAACUCCUCGAGCGAUAUGCCUGGGUAUCGAGUCGGUGGCAUGAAUUCCUGCACCUCCCCAGCACGGUUGCUCCCCCCGCUGUGGCGAAGAACGGGACGGGAGCGGGCGGGGCCGGCAUUGACGAUUGCGAACGGGGACCAUCAGCAGGAGGACGGAAUGCUCACUCGUACGAGCUCACGCCAGCUGUUCCCCACACCCCCAUUGUCGCCCCGGGCUACGGCGAGAAGCGACGUUUGGCACCAGCACCAGCACCGGCACCGGGACUUCCCCCCCCAUCCCAGCGGCGACCGCAAGAGGCCCGCUGGGCCCGAGCCAGGCGCCGCUCAGAGCAAGCGGACUCGCCUCGCAGACCCAUCGCCGCCGCCGCCGCCGCCAACACGUCCCAGGCAGAGGAGCGGAGGAGAAUUGUAGCGUACCUGGCGGGGAAGCUGCCCGUCGUUCGUUCCAUCAAUUCAGAGGAUGCCAAGCUCGUCAUCACGGCGGAGUAUGGCGGAAAGCGUACCGGAGAAGCAGACUCCUCGCCGCAUCCGUCGUACCAGACAACCCGUCGGCUAGGCAUGAUCCAUGAGCGCACUGAGGAAUGGAGGUUCGUCGGCUGCGAGCUAUGCUUCGCCACUACGGGGCAGCGAGAGCCAGACCACGGACUAGAAGACUGUGGAAGAUGGAAGACCAGCGGAACUGCGAGACGCCUCCUUCGGUGGCUAGAGGGGCUUAACAUCCCCCGAUACUAUGGCCAGAGAGGUGCUUGUGCGAUGUGUGGGCAUGGCUGGGUCGUCUGCGAUGAGAUGCGGAUGCAGUUUCAACUCGAAGAGGCAGCGAGUCGCCGGCCCGAAGACCGCGCGCGACUCGCUGCGCAGUACGAUUCCGCCCAAGGACGCGACGGCUUCUGCGGGAAUCGGCCGGUCGUGCGCAGAAUGAUGGCGGCAUUGCUCGCAUACGACGACCAGAUCCUGGGGAAGGUCUUGACGAGGCUGGUUCUCGAUCAUUCUGGCGUAGACCUGGGCAGCGAGAAGGAGGCAAGGGGCUGGUUUGAGCAGCGAGUACGAUUGACCGACGGGUACUGCUCGCCGCGGCAGUUGCACGCACUUGACCUGUUGAUCUUGGCGUUCAACUGGCGGCUGGAGCAACGACGGUCACCCGAAGCGGCGACGGCGGGAUCACCCGAGCUAGCCUGGGACAAUGCACUGGAAGUGGAGAACUGGAGAGGGGCACUGGCAUGGCUACGUGGAAGAUGUUCCUUCUGUGCUGGGCGUGGUCUUGGUGAGGGCCAGAUCCGCCACGCGCUCCGGCAGUGUCACCGCGGAGGCGCACAAAAGGUCCGCGAGGACAUGGGAGACCUGCUGUACGGAAGGGAUUACGAACCUGCAGGGGGAUGCUAUGUGUGCCACCUGCCGAAGGACUUCUGCUCAAGGUGGGUAGACCAAGGCGGCGGGGGCCCGUGGAUAGAGCGCCGGGAUGGCGCAUGCAGCUAUGACCGAAAUUUUCUCUAUGACGGCGUCGUCGGAUUUUGGACCUGUGGAGUUGCCGCCUACAAGGAAGAGCUCCGCGAGGAGGUCGACGACUAUUUCAUGGACCAAGGAGAGGACCUCCCGCGGUACCAUGACGAUGAGAAUGCUGUCUCUUGGCUUACUCAGCCGCUCUUCGUAGCGGGUGUCUUUGGAUCACAAAUGGUGCGUCAACUAGCGAUCUGGGUUCGAGCUUCAAAAGCAUUUUCAAGGCAUGUGGUGCCGCCGCCGGCCGGCGACGGCGAGCGCGAGAGCGACGGCGAGAUAGAGAGCUUUAAGAAGGCCAUCCAGGCCGAGUUCAAGGCGGCGGCGCCGACCAUCAAGGAGAAGGACGCCGCAAGAUCAGGGGUUCGCAAACGACCCAUGCCGAGGAGCAAGCGAAGAGUUCGUGUCGAUAGCAAGGUAGAAAAGAAGAGAGCAGAGAGCGGUACAGGAGAAAAGCAGCGACAAACCAUGGCAACGUUCAGCGAGAUAUUCACGCCAUUGCCCGCAUCCCGCACGGCAGUUUGCCACGAGCAUGGAAGCGUGGUGACGGCGCGGUCGGUUGCGUCGCAUGUCAAUUCGCGGCACCGGCAUUUGGCCGCCCAGGGUUCGCCAGCGGAUCGUGGCCGAGGCGUUGGCGUUACGGGACGACGGUUCGUUGGCCGCCGAUACGAACAAUAUCCGAUUCCCCGACGAGGUGGUCCCGGCGAUCGACGGAUUACCCGUGUGGAGCGAUGGCAAGAAGUGUAUCGAGUGCGGGUUUUAUACAGCGUGGGAGGAAGCAUAUCCAGAAGCAUUGCCGGUCGGAGCAUGUUUGACCGCACGCGUUGGACCAACCCGCGGAAACGCGGCGGCAAGCCCGGGGCCCAGCCGGUAGGCGGGUUAGGCGAGGUAUGGGUGCAUGGGGUGUAUUGCCGGCGGUUCGGGCAGGCCGGUGUAUUGCAGCGGUUGUUUGAGGUGACGACGCCGGCCAACACGGCCGCAAGCGGGAGCGGGGGAGACACAGCCGAUUUUCAAGCCGCCAUCCGGGCCGAGUUCGAGGCGGCGGCGCGGGCCAUCAAGGAGAAGGAUGAGGCGGCAGCGGCGCUGAUCGGCGACCAGUCGAGGUUGUCGGCCAACAUGUGGGUGCGGCAUUUGCGCGGGUUUGACCGCGAGUGGUUGGCAACGACGAUACGGCGGCCCGUGGUGGAGAAGAGGAAGAAGUAG